CAGUAGUAGCAGUUAGUGUAUGGAAAUAGUGAGCCUAUUUAACUUUCUGCUGCUACUCUACAGAUUGCCACAAACAGUCUCAUAUUCUUAAGCUGCCAUAUAGAAAUGCUUGCUGUAUCAUAGUGGACAUUUCUGAACAUCAUUGAUAUCUUGGUCUUCACGCAAAAUGUGCCAUUCUUGUGUAUUUCAACCAUUCCACAGAUGAGAGUCAGAAAUGGCAUCAAGUAGAGUUGCUUUUCACUUGUGCUCGACCACUGUGAGCCAGGUUUGUCACCAUGGAAGACACAGUGAGUCGAAGUUCUGUGGAAUCUUCAUCGACUGGCGAGGACUUUGUUAUGGUAAAUGGGGAUCCAAAGCUGAAGAUUACUGGUGAUAUCAAUGACAUCAAUGAGGAGAUUACUGAUGAUAGUUCCAUAGACUUUAAGAUGGCUUCAACUCCUAUAUCACCUGAUAUGUCAGAUAGCUGUACUUCAAACCAACCUGAUCAUGUGAUACCUUCCAGCCAAUCCGUAGAUGUGCUCAACACUCACAAAGUGAGUAAUAUGAACAGCAGCAUGGAUGAGUCUAAAUCAGGAAUACCAGAAUCAGAACAUAUACUAAAACAUCCCUGGGAACACAACUGGAACUAUAUGGACAGAGGUCGAUCUGUCUCUUUGCCAGUCACUCCUAAUGGUGAUGCUACUAUUUUUCACGGAGUUACCUACCUGGGCUGUGCUACUGUCAAUGCUCCACGCAGUGAGGUGGAAAUCUACCGAAAUAUGGCUGUUCUCAAUGAACAAUCCCAGAUGUCAAUUCCAGUUAUAUUAUCAGUGCCCAGCACAUCAGAAGGUAUUGUCAGGUUACUGGAUCCUACUACAAACUCUGACAUUGCCAGCUAUCGGAUACAUAGAAUUCUCUUCUGUGCUCGUGGACCCACUGACAGCAAUGAAAGACGCUGUUUUGCUUUCACCUGUAGCCAUGGGGAUACAGCAGAAACUACCAUCUUUCAAUGCCAUGUAUUUAGAUGUGACUUACCUGAAGCGGUAGCCAAAGUUUUGUACUGCUUUGCUACAACCUUCAGGCGUGUUCCUAAGCAGCCUCGCAGUGAAUCAAUCAGUAGCUUGUCUGAUUCUGAACAAAAGUUCAUCUUCAGUGUUGGCCUCGAGUUCAAAGAAGAUGAUAGUCGUGGAAACUUCUCUACUGUCCCAAGGGACAAAAGUUGUUUUAAACUACGGUGCAAUAUGGAUAAGAAAAUUAUUAUCACUGUACAACAAAACAGUCUACUUGAGCUUAAAAUUGAAAGAUGUUUUGGCUUAUUGCUGUCUCCUGGUAGAAAUGUGAAACAUGGAGAUAUGCAGCUGAUUGAAAUGGAAUGCAUGGGUAAUAGCAAUGAUGGUAAAAGUUAUAUCAUUUCUGGCCAUUGGGACCCCACAGAACCUAGUUUUACUGUACUGAACUCUGAAACAGAGAAAGAUAAUCGUGUGUUUUUGACUAUUGCUGUUGAUUUGGUUAUCUCUGGCAUCCAAGAACCAGUGAGAUUUGCUAUUGAAACCAAAGCCAAAAUAUUCCCUCAGACUGAGAGAUUCUGGUACUUUACUAAAAAACCUCACUAUGAACAAUUCCACCUCAAAUUGAAACAGGUCCCAGAAUGGACAUGUCAAGAGAUGGAGGGUUCCAUGCCUUGUGAAUCAAAAUAUGAAGUAAUCACUGUUGAGAGCCAAACCGAGAUUGACAGGAAGAAAACUGGUCUUGGACUUGGUCUUACUACAAGUAAACAUCUUCAUGAAGAUAUUCAAACUCCUCAGGAACCUGAUGAGGAAUCUGAUGGAGAUGAACCCUUACUGAGUGGUUCUGGAGCUGUAAGUAAAGAUGUCACCGAUGAGAAUAUAUUAGAGGCUUGGCACGAUGUUCUCACAAAAUGGCACCAAAACCUCUCAAUGCGACCCAAACAGGUUUCAACUCUUGCACGCAAAGGUAUCCCUGAGGCAUUGCGUGGAGAAGUUUGGCAGCUGCUGGCUGGCUGUGACAACAACAUAGAACUUUUAGAAGCAUAUAGAAUUCUUAUAACAAAGGAAUCCCCAAAUGAGCAAGUUAUUUUAAGAGAUAUCAACAGAACAUUUCCUGCUCAUGACUUUUUCAAAGAAUCUGGAGGAGUUGGUCAAGAUUCUUUAUAUAAAAUCAGCAAGGCUUACUCUGUUUAUGAUGAAGAAGUUGGAUACUGCCAAGGUUUAUCUUUUCUUGCUGCUGCGUUAUUAUUACAUAUGCCAGAAGAACAGGCAUUUUGUGUAUUAGUGAAAAUUAUGUUUGAUUAUGGUCUUCGAGAUCUGUUUAAACAAGGUUUUGAGGAAUUACAUCUCAAAUUUUACCAAAUCCAACGGUUCAUGCAUGACUUGCUGCCUGACUUGUAUAAUCACUUUAUGGAUAUGGGUCUAGAAGCUCAUAUGUUUGCCUCUCAGUGGUUCCUAACUCUUUUUACUGCUAAAUUCCCCCUUCACAUGGUGUUCCAUGUGCUAGACCUUUAUCUUAGUGAGGGCAAAGAUGUUAUUUUCAACAUUGCAUUGGCAUUACUUAAGAUGUCCAGGAAGGACUUAUUAGCCCUUGAUUUUGAAGGUGUCUUGAAAUAUUUUCGGGUUCACUUACCCAAGAGGUAUCGUUCUGAAGAUACUGCCAAAGAGCUUCUCCUUACAGCAAUUGGAAUGAAAGUAACUGUUAAACGAUUGAAGAAAUAUGAGAAAGAAUAUUUAGCUCAAAAAGAACAAGAAUUACAACAAGAGGAUCCAAGUGAAAGAAUUCAGCGUGAGAACUACCGACUGCAGGAAGAGAACCUGAGACUAGAACAAGAAAAUGAUGAUUUGGCACAUGAACUGGUUACGAGCAAGUUGACUCUCAGCAAUAAUCUGGAAUUGAGUGAAAUACGCUGUGACCAACUGGAGAAAGACUGCGACCAGACAAAGAAGAUGUUGACAGAACUUGAGGAAGAAAAACGUCGACUUGAGUUAGAAUCACAGCAGGUGAAAGAAAUGUGUCGUCGAGAACUGGAUAGGACUGAGUCUGAGAUUAACCGAAAUAGUGCCAUCAUAAAUGACUAUAAACAGAUUUGUUCACAGCUCAGUGAGAGAUUAGAGAAACAGCAGACUGCAUCUAAAGAAGAAGUCCAACGGAUAAAGAAUCUUGUAAAAUCCUGUGACAGCUGUGGUAAUUUGUUUGAUGAUUGCGGUAAACUGAAAAUUUGCGACAUAAAAAUGGAUCCUGAAGAUAUCAAUCCAACCAUUGUUGAACUGGAACGUCAAGUACGAGAAUUGGAGCUAGAGCUGGCUCAGACCAAGCUGGCAUUGGUGGAGUCACAGUGUAAGACACAGGACCUCACCCAUCAGCUGAACGCAACCAUCUCUGAAUUACAAGCCUCCAAGAAUACAUGGUUCCAGAAAACAAUCACAUCAUUCCGAGAAGCCACAGCUAAGAAAGAUAUUAAAGAAUAAAAAACAUUCCAACUGUUUGUUGGCCAUUAUUUUCUUCUCUGGCCUGUCAUUAAUGAACUGGAUUCACUUGUCAGAAGUUAAAUAACAUACUUGGCUCUAUUGUUCUUAUUUAUGGAUUACUAUUUUUCAUUUCCAGUUGGUUACGUCAUGUCAUAUGUUGCUAGCCUCAUAUUAUGAUUGGUUUAGCAGAAUUACCAUCCUGUCUAUAUACUUUCAUGGCCAGUGCUGCUGCUCUCUAUCAUAGACACAGCCACAUGAAACACCAUUAUGUUUGUACCAUUUCUUUAGCUCUGAUCAUUUCUAAUGCUCAAGCCUGAUAUAUCCAACAUAGAGUUAGAUUGGUGGGAGACUUUCUCUCCAAACCUCCCACUUCUACCUAAUGAGUGGUUGGAACUGUUAGUCUCUUGCUCCCCUCUCCCCAACUUAACUAUCUCUAGGCAGUCAGCUGCUCUAUAAAAUGGUGCUUCUAUUACUUUGACUCUCAACUUCUCAGUUCUAUUUAUCAUCACCAUUUUAAAUUGUCAAAACUUAAUUUAUUCUUAGUUAUUGAACAAUUGUUUUACUUUAUUUUUUUUUUCCUAUUUGCCAUUCCUAUGUAAAUAUCUGAUCUUGAAGAGAUGGCAUAGUUCCUUAUUGGAGCUCAAUAUCUCUCAUUCCAAAGCAAGAAAGUUGUUACUUUUAGAACAGAAUGAAUAUUAUUUCAUUUCUAUUUUCAAAGAUCUCUUUAAAACUGUUUGGUUAAAGUCUUUUGCAAACUACACUCAAUAAUUUUCUUUUCAGCAUACAAAGGAAGCUGUUUUUUUUAAUGAAAUGUUUAUUUUAUUAAUGCUUAACUAUCAGUUUGUAUUAGCAUUCUAGCAGGCAAUAAAAUGAACCAGUUUACCAUUUGUUUGUGUAAUUAAGCUCAAGUUGGAAAGCUUUCUGUUAUAUUCCAUCUAAUCUGACUGUAUCAGUUGUUAGAAGCUAAUCCAGACUAAUGACAAUAUGGAAAGCAACAGUAAACUGGUCGUCAAUGACAACUGCUGAACACUGUCAACAUUGUGGUAUAUUUCAGCUAGACUACAAGCAAGUCAGCUUCACUUUGAAGGGUCAAAGUUUAUUAUUAUCAAUGAAAGCUUGACUAAAACCAUGGGAGAUUGCAGCAGUUCUCUCUAUUUCUCUCUAUCAUAUAGUGACAGUGUUUUAAUUCUUUCAAUACAUCUCUACACAGCUGUUAUCUAUCAGUCUUCUAUCAUUGUUCUGCUUCUCUCACAUUCAUACACACAGUUACUUCCAAAAUCUCUUCUCUUCUACUUUACCAACAAUUCAGACAUUGUUGUAUAACUGACUGAUAUAUGACUAGUGUUUGGCUGUUAUAUCCAAUAUAUAUGAUAAUAUAUGACUGCUAGAUGAUUGUCUAUUGUAUGACUGGGGUAUGUCUAUUACAUAACUGUAAUAUAAUGGUUGUAUGACCGAUGUGGUGUAAGGCAAUUUGAAGUAUUUGUUGUAUGACUGAUGUAUGUUUGUAGUUUAUGACUAUAAUUCAACUGUUGUAUAAUUGCCAAGUAUAUAACUGUCUUCUACAUAUCUGUAGUAUGUCCUUUGUACCUCUCUUAAUGAUUCCAGCUGUGCCCCUGCUGGAGCACCACCAUGUGACAGUUAUCUGUUGACAACCUUCAUAACAUCAAUCAUAUCAGCUUCAUGAUGCCUUACACUGUUUCUCCCAAAUUCUGUUUAUUCCUAAUAUAUCUAUUUUAUCCUGUAAUAUUUAAGCAAUAUCCUUUAUUUAAUAAAUACACAUUAUUUUAAUGUAUACACAUUAUUUAACCAACACAUGUUAUUUAUCUAAUAUACAUUAUUUAGCCAACACACUGAACCCUAACUCAACCCAUGUAAACUGAAUCUAUCUUGUUGUCUAGAUGGUAGGACCAAUACACUGAUAUUAAUUAAAUUUGGCCAAAAUAUUACACAGUAUUUUAAACAUAGUACAGUCUAACUGUACUGUAAAGUGAGACAGAUGUCACAUUUCUAAAAUACUGUACUGUAUAAUAGCAGAAAUAUAACUCUUUAGCAGAAUCCAGUCUGUUAUAAGCAUUCAGACCAUGUCUUUGAUCUGAUGACACCCCUACAUACUGAUGAGCUACUUUGCACUGCAGCAACCCAAAUGUUUUGUGGUUUAUUCUACCAUUCCCACCGCCAGUCUUUUAGGCCCUACACAGUUCAUGGGUGCUGCCCCUCCUCUUCUGAUUAAGCCAUAAAACACACCCCUUUCCUUUACUAUACAGUAACGCAGGCGUUACAUUUGUCUACAAUAUUGUACUGUUUGGUGUCACACUUCUCUACAAUACUGUAUUGUAUGGGGACAUAAAUUUAUAAUACCACUGUAUAAUAUUGUGAAAUAUGGUGACAUUAGUGUCACAUUUCUUUACAGUACUGUGUUGUAUGGUGACACACUUGUCACAAUUUCCUACAAUACUGUAUUGUGGUAUGUGUCACACUUCUCUACAAUAUUGUACUGUAUAGUGACACAGGUUUCACACUUCCUUAUAUUAGUGUGUUGUAUGUUACAAUACAUCCUUUCAAUACAGUUUAACCACAGCUGUACAAUUGGUUACAGUUUGACCAUAAGUCAUACAGCUGUCUUCACUAAAAUAUCACAUGUUUCUCACUGCUACAUGGUAGCUGAGUCACUGCUGCAUAGUGGCUACAAUAUUGCAUGUUGCUCAUUGCUACGAGGUGGCUGCACCACUGUGUUGCUCACUGCUACAUAGUGACCACACAACUGAGUUGUUGCUUACAACUACAGUAGUGCAUGUUCACUGCAACAUUGUCAUUCACUGUUGCAUAGUAACUACAGUAUUACAUGUUGUACCAUCCAUCAUGUAGCAGUGUACAUGUAGCUGCACACUACAUGUUGUUCAUAGUUACUUGAUACUUGGUGGAUACAUAACUACAUGUUCACUGCUACAUGGUGGACACCACAAUAUAUGUUCAAUGCAUUAGAUGCAUAGUGCUAAGUAUUCACAUAGAAACUCAUAAGCCUCAUCAUACCCUCCUUGCAUCUUGCUACACCUGUUCUGUUAUGAUGAGGCUCCUAAUUCCUAGGAAUUACCCCACUUAUUAACCUGAUCUAACCCACAUUCAAAUGCCAACCUAAACCACUACCAUCAUUCUUGUACAAUUGUUUAAUUUUGAAAAGAGCUAACCUUUACUCUGUGAGGGCUACCUCCACAUUACACUCUGAAGUUUGCUCCCAAUUUCAACCUACCCACCAACAACUAUAGUAAUAACACUGUUAUGUUUUGCUCUCUAUUCACUUCAGUUUAUAGAAUUGUAUUUUAUCAGCUUUGUUUCCUUUUGGUUCUACAUUUUAGAUAUAGAAAACAUUGAAGAUAUGUUAACAUUUUAUGAGGGUUAGUUAAUUGUGAGUAGUUGUGUGUAUACUGAAAUUAAAUGUAACUUCCACCUUGGUUAGCUGAGGUCUGUAUUUAGUGAUGAAGUUAUGGACAAGGAUAGAUCUAAACAGGUCUGCACCAUCUGCUGGCUGAAAAUACUACACAAGCUUAGCUGACUGCUACUGUUUCUGUCCCUUUGGGGCUGUAAUGUUAAUUAGAAUUGGCUUAGACUGCUACUGUUUCUGACCCUCAGGGGCUAUAAUGUGGAUUAGAAUUGCUUUCAGAAGAGGGUGAAAGAUGUUCAGUUUGGAAUAAAAAGUUGUCACCAAAAUGAAAUUUUUCUAUCUGUUUCAUUUAAAUGAAUACUUCCAAUUUAUUUUUGUGUAUCAAUUUCUAUGUUACUUGGCUGUAUUUUGACAUAAUUAAGCUGCAAUGGUAAUUUUUUAAUGUCUCUUUAAAGAAAGAACAUUAUCGAUGCAUUUUUAACAACAGCAUAGAGAAACAUCCAGCUUCAUUCUCUUCUUGUCUUAAUGGAUAAAACACACACACAAGUAAUUCUUGGUUUACAGACAUAAGUAAAACAAAACUGGAUAUGUUGUGUAGAUUAUACAUAUGUGUGUGUGUGUGUGUGUGUGUGUGUAAGAAAGGUCUCAAGUGAAAAACAAAUCAUAACCCUGAAAAACAUUAAAAUUGAAGUACACUGUAUAUGAUAUUAGGUUUACACUGUAAAGAGGAAAUAAGUUUUCUUUAUUUUAGACAAUGGUCCUACUUGGAAUUAAAAGAAGGAAAAAAGACAGAGAAGAAAAGGAAAGUUCUGUGGCACCAAUGUUACAGUUGUCAAAGUCACAGGGAUUUUUUUUCUUCUUUUUUCCACUUCUUUUCUUUGAAGAAGGACAAUUGUCUAAAACAUACUACACUUGUUUUUCCUUACAGUGUAAACCUAGUAUUUUACACUGAGUACUGCAGUUUUCAGUGUUUUGAUUUUUUUUUCAUUCUGGAGACCUUUCUACUGGAUCUUUUACCAUGUUGACAGAGACCUAAACCCUCUAAUUCUUGGAUUACCCUAUUUGGAUUACACUGGAUCUACAAUUAUUAUUAUUAUUAUUAUUAUUAUAUGUAUAUAAAACACAUAGACACAUAUAUUGCUAUGCCAUUGUUGUUUGAUUUUAUGUCAAAAAUUAAAGUUGAAUCAAAGCCUUGUGCAAUAUAACAGCAUUCACUUUGAAUUUGUGCUAAGACAAAGGGGAUAGAUUUCUUGAAAUAAACACUGAUCGGAUUGAUCUCUGAAAGAUAAUUUACUUGUUAUCUAUAUUAGACAUUCUACAGGUGUGUUGAUAACUAUUCAGACAGCUUGCUAAGCUCAGAGAAAAAUAUUGUAUAUCAUUUAUAUAUACAUGACAACUUUUACUUGUUAAAUUCUAACUAUAUACACAUGCAUACACAUGUUUAUAUAAAAAUCUUUACGUUGUAUACAAUGUCAAUAAAUUAAAUCUGAAUGUA